UCUUGCAAAUCAUCCGCAUUUCGGUGUCUUCCCUCGCUCUCAUGACUGCUGAUAGAAAAGCUGGCCAGUCAAUGGAAAACAUCUUCCCUCCCCGCACCUGAGAGCUCAAAAGUUAUGAAUCUGCUUCUCAAUGAUAUCCGCAUUUCGGUGUCUUCUCACACAAAGCAGCAUAGUUACAGGUAACUUCACUCUCAAAAGUUAUUUACUUGAUUUUGGGUAUGUUGUGUUCAUGUUGCUUGUGCUUUACCUGUUGUCAUGAUGGUUUCAGAAAGAAGUUGUGUAUGGGUUCUGAGGGAGGACAUAAAAAAAUGCACGACUUGUGGCUAAUCCAGGAUGUUACCGACUUCGUUUCAUCUUCCUCUUUGUUCCUUCACUUAAGGUUUCUUGUUUUCUUUUUCUUUCGUGGAAUUUGUUUGUAUCUCUGUCUUAGUUUUACAAUUCAACUUCCUUUUGUUUUUCUGUCUGUAAUGAUGAACAACGGGCGCAGUAGAAUGUUUCUAGUUAAUCGAUUGAUGUGCCAUUUUCAUCAGGAUGUGGUGCAAAGGAGGCAAAUCUUUACUCUGGAGUUGCUGAAGGCAUGUAUCAUCUUAUGGUGUCUGAUGGCAUCGCCAUGGUAAUAUGUCACAAGCUGAUUAUCAUAAAAUGAGAAAAAAAAAUUUGGUUCUAUGAUUAUUUUUAAUACUCAAUCUCUCUUUUGAUUUUUCAGUUCCUGAAACAGUAGAAGAAAAGUAGUUUUAUCUUGCUAGAUGGAUUAACCUUGCACUCUUUAAGUUUUAGUUUUUUUUUUUUUACUAUUCUCUUCAGAUAAACCAACUAUAAGCAAAACUGGGGGUGUUGAGACGGCAAUGUUUAGCAUAAAGCUUCUAUAUACCAUUAUAAACAACUGGCUUUGUUGUCUUUCUCAACUUGAUUUUUCCUUCAGUCAGAGUGAUAAUAAUUUUCUCUAUUAUUCGAUCAUAGGUCUAGAAAUGCUUUGUUUGGUUUAUGAAACAACGAGCUAUAGUCCUGGGUGUUCGCGUCUUCGGGUUGGGUUAGGACCGGUUCUUCUUGGGUUCGGGUCCUUCCAGUCAUAGACAUUUAGACCAAAUAGGUAUUUGUAAAUUUUCGAUUCGGGUUCAGGUCGGUGCUUCUCAGAUCUGGGUCGGUUCAGAUCUAUAAUUAAAAUACUUGUAAAAUACACGUAAUUUUUGGAUCCUUAUCAGUCCGGGUCGGGUAGGAUCUGAAAAAACACACAAAAUACUCAAAUUCUAUUAAAUUUAGUCGAAAUCUAUUAUAUAUAUCUAUUAUAUAUAUCUAUAAUAUAUAUAUAUCUAAAAUUUUACAAAAUAACUUUAAUAAACUAAGAAUAAUUAAAAUAAAACAUUUUUAACCUGCAAAAUUUACAUUUAAGGAGACGAAAAAGUGCGACAAAAAAAGCGAUUGGAACCCUAGCGCUUCAAUGGUUAAUUUUCCGUCUAACCGGCGGGCUUUGGUUCCUGAUUUCCAUUCUUCUCGGUGAUGGUAAGAUAUGGAUUCCCCCACUACGUCAUCUCCUAGUAGUUAUCUCCACAACCGCUACCUACAAUUGUAAUGGAGGAUUAAAUUCAGAAUAAGGAAGAAUAGUGAGAUGUUGUUAAGAAAAAAGAAGAAUGGCGAGAUUACUUUUUAUGUAACAAGAGUACACUAGAUUAUUUUCAUAUCGAAUAUGCAAUUAAUGUUUUUCGAGAAAACAACUAUUUAAACCCUUAACUUUCAAAUUAAAGCCAAAAAUUUUCGUUUAACUGCACUCAAUCCAUCGAAGAUGACAGAAGGAGAGAGAGACGCAGCAAGAAACGCCACCUCGUCGAACCCACACCACCUCCGAAGAGAAGUCAAGCACUCCACACGCCAUUAGAUAGAUUGAAGCGAUUGGAGGAGACAUCAGCACCACAUGUCACCACCGGAGAGAAACCCUAAGGCGAGACAACGAUCCACCCGAGCAAUCACUUCAGGUGCUACUUCCAAAGACCACUGAAACCACGAAAGAGGAGCAGAGAAGAAAGAGAUCCAAAAACCCACAAGCUCCAAUCCCUCCCCUAGAAGCGCUAUCACAUAGACACUUGUCACACUGCACCGAUGAACCAAGGGGGAUUAUUCAAUGACUCACACACCACCAAAACUCUAAGAGACACAGCCAGAGACAUGGAAAAAUCCCCGGAUAGAGAUCCCUCAGCAAACCGGAAAAAGACACGGAGGAGGCAGAGUCUGUUCUCAAGCCCUAGCUGGACCGCCGUGCAUGCAGGGGCGAAGCUAGCUUAAGGAGCAUGUGUGCACGUGCACAUCCAUGCUUAUUUACGUAUUUAACGUUUUACAUUGUACAUAGUUGAGAAAGUGGCAUAUUUGGUUAUGUUGCACCCUAGUAAUUCAUGUUCUGAGUUCGAGUUCCCUUCAGAGUCGUACGAGCCUUUAUAAUUGCCCGAAGCGAAUACAAAAAUAAAAUCAUUUAAUAGAAAUGCAUCUAAACUAAUAAAUAGUAUCUUUAUUGACAAAAAGACAGAAUCACUAUAACAUUUUUAUAUUCGUCCUAGAAAAACAUAACCACAUUUUGUAAAAAGAAAUAUUCUUAAAUAGUUUUCAUAAUUAUUUUGUAUAGAUAAAAUAAUCAAGUGUCUUAAUUGAUAUAUUCAAACGAUGAUACAAACUUGAAUCUUAUUAUAUAAAACUUGAUUCUUCAAAGUUGUUAAUUAACAUGAUCGCGACAUGUGUCAAUAAACCUUUUAAGAUUGUGAUAAGUGUCAAAAAUAUAAUAUUUUUUUCUUUAUGAUUUAAAAAUAUGAUAUAUUAUUACAAAAUUAGUUGUUACAGUUCUUUUUAAGAUUUUGGAAAAUAAAAAUUAAUAUUACAUAGUCUUUUACAAUUAUAUAUUGUUAAAAUUAUGGGAUAGUAAUUUUUAUUUUUUUUAAUCCUAAAAAAGUAAAUAAUUGUAAUAGAUUAUUUGAAAUUAAAUUUAUUUUUUGUUUGAAAAAGUUAUAAUUUUCGUUUUUAAAGACAACAAAGAAAGAAAAUUGUAAGAGAAAAGUAUUAACUAAAAAAAUCUAAAAAAAGGAAUUAUCAAAAUCCUACACGUACAAGAAAUUAUUUAAUAAAUAUCAUAAAGUAAAACUAACUAUAAAAUAAGUAAUAUUUAUUUAUUUUUAAAUCCUAAACAAGAUAAAAUUGUAAAAGUAUUACUAUUAUUUUACUAUAAAUAACAAACUUUCCUUUUUAUAGAUAAUUGUAUGUUAAAAAAUUAUAAACCAAAAAACAGUUACAAAUAUUUCACAACUAGAAAUAAUUAUUUGUUAGUAAUUUUCAUUUAAAAUCCCAAACAAAAUUAAAUUUUAAAAUGUUAUUUAAUAUUAAUUUCCUUUUCUAAAGCCCUAUAAACUAUAACAGAAUAUUUGAUAUAUUUUAAAAAAAUCUUAAACAUAAGAGUUUUGUAUCAUAUUUUUAAGUUCUAACGAAAAUAAAAUUGUAAAAAUUUAUUUGGUUAUGUUUUUAAGAGAGAAUUUGAUAAUGAACAUGAUACUAAAAAAUUACUCCAUCUGUGUAAAAUUAGUUUAGAUACGAAUUGUAUAAAUAGUAUUUUUAUAACUUAUUUAAUAGUAACUAGAAAUAAUAAUUUAUAACAAUUUAAUUUUUCUAAAAUUUUAAAAAGAAGACAGUUGUAAAAGGUUAUAUGAUAGUAAUUUUCCUUUCCUAAAAGCCUAAACAAAAAUGUAAAAGAGUAUUUGAUAUAUAUAUAUAUAUAUAUUUGAUUGUAAAUGAAUAGGAUCCCUUUUAAAAAAUAAUCUAAACAAAAAUAAAUUGUAAAAUUAUGUAUUAAUAAUUAAAAAAAAAAGAAUUUGAUGACAAGUAUGAUGUUAAAACUAUUUAAUUAACAAAAAUAAAAAAAUUAGGAUGUCCUCAUGAUUGCUAUUUAUAUAUGUUUGGUCAUACGAAAAUUAUACACAUGUCUGAUAUAUAUUUUCAUGUUUGGUCAUAAGAAAUAGAUUAUUAUCAUUUUCACAAAAGUGAUUUUUAUAUGCAUUUUGUUAAAAAAAUCAAGUUUAAUCGCCAUCUUAUUACAUUUUGUUUUUACCAUGUAAUAUUUUUUUACUUCAUUUUUAAUUAAAAUGUUGUUAUGGAAAUAUAUCAUUAAGAAAUAAUGAAUUAAAAAAAUUAUUAAGCAUCAAAUAAGUUUAAUAAAAUAUUAAAUUAUUAAAUAAGAAAGUGUAUGAUGUUGUCAUUGACUUGAUUGGGCUUAUUUAACUUUCAAAUUUUUUUUUUAAUUUUUAAUUCAGGUUGGGUUUAAAGUUAUAGGUAUGAGUGUUUUCUAUAGCACUAAGUAGAAAAUUGAUAAAAAAAAUUCACUUAUGCACUAUGAUUAUAAAAUACAAACAUUAACUAGAAUUUAUGUGUAAAAACGAGUUCUUAAUUAUAAAAUAACUCUUACACAACAUAUGCAAAAAUAAUCGUAAAAGUAUAAUAAAAUGAUUUAUUUCUUUAUUAAAUUAAAGCACCCAACAAAACCCGUUGCAACGCACGGGCUCAUAUCUAGUAAUGAAAUAAAUAUUGCAUUACUAUACAAACUUAAAAUAUUAUAGAAUAAAUAUAACUACAAAUUUUAAAUAUUGAGAAAGAAUGUAUCAUACUUAGAAGUGAUAACUACCAAAAUACGAGAAGACAAUGUUGAUAACUUGUAAACUUCUAGUUAUUUAAAUCCUUAUUAUUUUAAAUUAUUUAUUAUUUGCCUCACUUAAACCAAGUUGAUUUAAAACAAAAGUAUAAUUUAAUGGUAAGAGUAAUAGCUGCGGCUAAUAUAUAGUGCAUGUUAGUUAUUUAUUAGUUGCCCUACUUUAACUAAAUUGAUUUAAAUAAACAGUGUAUGAAAAUUAAUAAUAUGAACUAGAUUUUGACCCGCGCUUAGAAUAUGCGAGUUUAUUUUUGAUUUAUCAUUAAUUAAUUUAAGAAUUGCCAUUAUUUUUUGUUUUGCAUUUUAACAAUUGAGUUUUAUUUUAUCAUUCGUUAUUAUUUUAUCAUUCGUUAAUAUUUUAUUUUCAAAGUGUGAGAUUUGUUCGAAACGGAUUUAAAUAUGAUAUUUAUGUUUAAAUAGAUAUACAGUAUUUAAGAAAAUAUAUUUUCAUUAUUGAAAUGUAUUAACGAUAUGAACUUUUAAUUUUUAAUUAAAAAUGUGUUUCUUUUGCCAUAUACCUGAAAACCAAAAUAAAUACCUGAAAUAUAUUCAAAUACCCGUGAAGCCCGUAUUUUUGCCAAAAUCUGAUCCGAAAAAACAAAAAAAACCCAAAAUUUAAUGUGAAUACCAAAAAUAUAUUCUUAAAAUUUUAAAAUAUUAUCCAAAACCUGAAACUGUAACCAAAAACCCAAACCUGAAACUUAAAAGAAUAUAUGUACUACCAAAACUUAUACAAAUAUCCACACAUACCUAAUAUACCAAAACAUUCGAGUACUUUGGGUAUCUGAUCGGUUCUUGGGUAUGAUCCAGACCAGAAUCGAAACAUCCAUUUCUCCUGGACCGGAACCAAACUUAUAUUUUCGAGUCGGUUUUGGUUCGUGGUUCUAGAUCCACAUAAAAUGCACAGACCUAAAGAGUUACAUAAAAAUUUACAUACAAAAACUCAAAUAAACUAAUUUAUAAAUUAUAUACUUUAAAAAAAAUUAUUUGCUUUAGUGUAAUAAGAUUUCAAGAUAACAUAAUGUACAACAAUCUACAAAUACUAAUUCAUAUUAAACAGUUCAUAGUUUAAAAAAACCGCGCUUCGGACCUAUGUUUUCUUAUUAUUGUUAUAGAUUUUCAUGAGAAACCUACCAUAUUUUUUCUAUAAUACAUAUUAAUUCAAUAUAUGUUAUAAAGUUUGAAACUGUAUCAUUUUAUUAAGCAUUUCCAGUUAAUGAUAAGGUUUAUACAAUAAUUUUUAAUUUUGCCUUUGGUUUACCUUUGUAAGAGUAUUUAUGGACUUCAAAGAAUCUUCAGCAAAAGAAUUUAACUGCUUUCAUGAAUGAAUACCAGUUUGAAAGGCUUGAUUCAUGUCUUUCAAAAAUGUCAGAGAAUUUUUCAAAAAAAAAAAAAUGUCGGAGACAUAUUUGGAGCCACUGUAAAGGUGAGACGUUGCUUUUCGUGGCCAAUGGACACAUUUAAUUAUAAUCAUUUUGUCAAAUUUUGAAUAAAUAUAUCUACAAAUAUAUUUAAACUGAGGAGAAUAAACAACUAAGUGUAGUUGGACCGGCAGUGGUUUUGUUUCGUUUGAGCCCAAUUCAUCUCUUGUCAAAACAGUAGGAGCACGUUUUUUUUGUCCGUUUAUUAAAUGAAUGGCAUAAUGGUAAUUACGUUAUCAUCUUCCUUGCAACUGUUUUAGGUUUUCUUUUCUGCAAUUUUUUUUCCGCCGUCAAUCUUAGAUUCGUUGAAAUUCAUUAAUUCUUUGAGUUCUUUUUGUUGUUUUUGCAUCAGUUUCGUAGAUAUAUCUUCCAAUAUGUGAUCUAUAACAUUCAAAACUCUUAAAAAUGAACUUUUUGUUGAAUCUGAUUUGUUGGCCGAAGAGGCUAGAAUCUUCACAGUGGAUCUCCACUUAGUCGGGCACCACAGCACGGUUUAGAACCUGAACUUAUAUCAAAUGUUUAUAAAAAGUGAUCCAAGUGGAGAUAUACCUUAUUGGAGAUAUACCUUAUUACGUUUAUAUCAAUCUCUAUUUACGUCACGAUUUAUUGUUACUUGAUUGAAAGAAACAUGGGUAUAUUAAAAUGUAAGAUUAUUUUAAUUUUUACUAAUAUAAUAGGUUGACUGAAAAUGAAAGGGUCCAUCAACCUUGCAUAGGUAGAUUUUAUAAAAUUCUUUCUUUUUAAAUAGUAUAGAUAUUGACUGUGGCCAAUAUUGCAUUUGCAUAUUGUGACAUAACUAAAGACUUAUUUAAUGCUUUUUAAGAAAAUGAUGUCCUAAGCGAAAGUUUCUUUUCUUUCAACUUUCAAGGUAGGCACGGCACUGUGCAUGCGCCAUAUUUGCACUAGGAACCGCCGGAUCUGAAACGCCGAGAUCUCGGCUGAGCUCAACCCUUCAACUCAAACCGAGAAAGAGAUACCACAAAGAUAGAAAAGAGAAAUGUAGAGAGAAGAAGAGAGCACAUGGAGGAGCAUCCGGCGACCGCCAGAAAGGAUGCAGUGUCACUUGAGCAGAGAGUUUAGUAAUGGAGAAAGCUUGAAUUUAAAAAGAGGGGAGAGGAUUUGUGUUUUAGAUAGAGAAAAUUUUUAAUCAUAUCAAAUGUGCAAUGUUCCUUGUAAAAAAAGGAAACAUAAGAUUUUGUGUAGCGGAUAAGCGAGCCAAGAGGCAUACUUAGAAUUCUUCGUCAUCUUCAAUGAACCUUAAAGUUUCAGCAAAUAGCUAAAUUUAUAGAAUAAUUAAAUGAACUAAAAAUAUUAAUUAAUUCAAAUGAUAAAAAUUGAAUAAUAUUUAAGGAUGUUUUUCUAUUUAAUUUUUUUUCAAAUUAUGAAUUUAUUAUAACAAAAUGUUACAAAAUAUAUCAGUAUGUAACAGUGACUAAUAACAAAAUAAAUUAUGUAUAAAAAAUAAAUUAUCAUAUAUUAAUAAUGUCAAACAAGACACAUACAUUAUUGUUAUAGAGUGACAUAAUAUACAGUACCAAAAUUUAAAAAUCAUAAAUCUUUUAUAUAUUACAAGAGAAGCAUUGUUAAGUUGUAACAUUGGGUUCUAUGAUUAUGUGUCACUUCCAUAUGCCUUUUCAAAAGCCUUUAUUUACUAGAGAAUUUACAAAUCAUGUUAUUGUAUAUAAUAUGAUGGACCAUUCAUUAUUCAAAUGUUCACAAAUAAAUAUUCAUUGUUCUUUCCUUAAGUAAAAGCUAUGAAACUACCCUAUAUUAUUUGAAAUAAAUAUGAUAAUUAAUUAUAUUGACUUAUCAAGAUUUGUUACAAUUUCUAUAUAUUUUAUCAUUUUUGUCUAAUUUUACGCUAUUAAAAUUAAAAACAGUCACAUCAACCAUAUAAAAAAAUAGAUUUUUUUGUAUAUGCUAUAUGUUAAAUUUUUAAAAACGAUUAUAAAUUACUACACUUUUAAAAAUUCCAUAUUUAAAGUUUUAUGAGCAAUGGUUUAAAAAUAUUCAAAUGAUCAUAAAAUCAUAUGAGUAAGAAGUCUAUUUAGUGGGUAUGCAAACUAAAAUCAUUUAAAUUUAAUUAUAUACCAUAUGAAAUCCAUAAAUAAUUUAAUUUCAAAAUUUUAUAAAUAUGUGCAAUAUUUGAACUGAUAAAAUUUAAAUACUUUUAUAACUUUAACUUGAUCAAAUAAAAAUAUAUAUUUUACAUAUUGUUUGUUAUUAUACAAUGUAUAUUUUUAAAAAUAUUUUGAUUUAUCUAAUAAAUAUUUUAUAAAAUAUCUUACGUGGAUUAUUUACCCUUUUUUGUCACAAAUGGCUAUUCUAUCAUUCUCAAACAACAAGUGGUUCAGAAAUCCAGACCAAAAUAGCACAACAAACAAAAACUAAACUCUGAUAGAUGCGCCUUGUCUUGGCUAAGGUGUCGGCCUUCCUGUUUUGAGCCUUUGGUACGUGGAUGAUCUUGAGUCGUGGAAACUCUUUUGAAGAGAUGCUACCUCUGCUACCAUGUUGACGGAUUCGUUAUCAUUGAGAUGAUAUCUUUGCAGUCUAUUUCAAAAUGCUGGCAUGUUAUAUGUUCAAUCAUAUUCUCCAUAGAACAAAUUAGUGCUUCAAGUUCUGAAUGUAAAUGUGUGUUUCUACAUGAGAUUCUCAUGUUCGUUUCCGGCUUCAUCCAGCCAUACCACACCAUAUCUACUAUAAUAUGAUUUUGAGGUCCAUGCUCUAUCUACCAAACAAAUACUCUGUAAGCCUAAGGCUUGUGUGUUCUGUAGCUGCUGCUGUUGUUGUGAAAUUCCUCGGAUUUUGAAUUAGCAACAAACCAAGUCUGACAUUCGCUGUGAGUGUGUUUAAUUAGAUUCGUGGGAUUAUUAUAUAUAUAUAGAUAUAAAGAACCUUAUGCUUAUCAAACUCUGACAUUAUUACAUCAAAAGACAAACUCACAAGUCACAACAUUAUUAUAUACUCCCAAUGCACUUUAGUGACUUUUCCCCUCGUGAAUCACGGGGAGAUCUGAACUUGUGAAUCGUGAGAGAAAGGCAAAAUAAUGUGAUCUGGCCUUGUUUAGCUUCAAAACUCAUUAACAAAUAAACAUCAGAAAAAGAUCGACACAACAUAAGAGAAGUGAAGAGGUUAAGGCUAUUGGAAAUCGAAACAUCAAAAUGGAAAAACUAGAGGUAUCAUCAGUUCACAACCAUCCGUUGUUACCUUUGACUCGAUUCGUUUUCGGUAUGUGUAAAGGGUGUGAUUUUAUGGGUUACAUUUACGGAGGAUAUUGUUGCAAUGAGUUGGGUUGUGGUGGUGAAGUGUUUCAUAAAGAGUGUGGUGAGGCCUUGCCAGAAAUCAACCACUCUUCCCAUCCUGGCCAUCUCCUCAAGUUGUUCAGCCGUGAAACGUAUUCAUGUAGUUUAUGUGGGGAAUCGAGAUUCUUAUUUGGCUAUUCUUGUUCAAUCUGCAAUUUCAAGUUGGAUCUGGACUGUGCAAGGAGAGCAGCCCCACUUCCUAUUCUUUCGAAGCCCAGUGUGCAUGAGCAUCCGCUUGAACUCUGCCCUUCUUCCAAGUUUGUUGAUGACGCGAUAGAUUGCAAAGUGUGCGGGUAUCUAGGUUUUUACUGCAUAGUUAAGUAUAAGUGUGUUCAGUGCAAUUUGUUCUUUCAUAUAGAAUGUGUCACAUUUUUUCCAGAGGCGUACCACACUUCCCAUCCCAAACAUUCACUCAAGUACCUUUUGUGUGAAGCAGCAGCACCCAGUUACGCUGACAAGAAAUGUAUUCUUUGCGGGAAUGAAUUAGGUAAACCAAUUCACCACUGUGAUGUUUGCAACUUUAGCAUAUGCACACGGUGCAUGAGAAACCCACCACUUGGUGUUGUAAGUCUGACAACCCAUGAUCAUCAGCUUCAUCUUGUUCCUAGACACAUUGAGUUCACUUGCGAUGCUUGUGGUACGACUGGUGAACGAAGCCCUUAUUUCUGUCUUCAGUGCAAUUUCAUGAUCCACCGGGAGUGUAUUGGUUUACCACGUGUCAUCAACAUCAACCGCCAUAAUCACCGCAUCUCUUACACCCCUAGCCUUGGACAAGGUAAGUGGAAGUGCGGGGUUUGUCGUAAAGAAGUGAAUGGGUUCUAUGGAGCGUAUAAUUGCGCCAAAUGUCCUACUUUUGCUGUUCAUGCACGAUGUGCAACGAGAAACGAUGAAUGGGACAUGGUUGAAAGGGAAGGAACACCCGAAGAAGAGGAAGUUGCACCUUACGAGGUGAUUGAUGAUAAGACUAUAAAACAUUUCAGCCAUGAUCAUAACUUACGAAUCAAAAAGGAUGGUGAGAUCCUCCAAGAAAGCAUACUUUGUGGAGCUUGCGCGUUCCAGAUUUGUUCAGAACCGUUCUACAGUUGUGAGCAAUGCAGUUUCACUCUCCAUACCAAAUGCGCUAACCUUCCUCUAAAGAAACGUCAUGUCUGUGACAACCUUCCUCUUAUGCUACAAAAGACAAGCGCAGACGACGAAAUUUCUUGCUGUCAUUUAUGUUCUCAGUUGUUCACCGGUUUCAUGUACACUAAUGGCUUGAAGACCAUAGAUGUACGAUGCGGUUCAUUUUCAGAACCAUUUGUGCAUGCAAGUCAUCCACAUCCUCUGUACUACUCUCAAAGGUACUCCGUGAGCUGUAGUGAAUGUCGGUGGAAUGGAGAAUUAACUUGUGAUGAGUGUGACUUCAAUUUGUGCUUCCACUGCGGUUAUUUACCAAAAAAGGUCAUGAGACAUAGAUACGACGAUCAUCCUCUCUCCUUGUAUUGUGGUGAAGAGAGUGUGGAUGGUGAAUAUUGGUGUGAAGCAUGUGAAAAAAAACUGAACCCAAAGAAAUGGUUCUAUACAUGCAAUGAUUGCGGGGUCUUGUUACAUAUUUCCUGCGUUGUGGGAAGCUUCACAUACAUGAUGCCAGGUCCAUGUCUUAAAUAUGACAAGCAUGGAGAAGUUGUAUCCAACACCUCUGUUUGUAGAGCAGUUUGCACCAGGUGUAACAUAAGAUGCAUUCUCCCUUCCAUUUUUAAGGGUUACAAGGAUGGAGUUGUUGAAUACUUUUGCUCUGCCAAAUGUUUGUUUAGCUAAUUAUAUCAUGUAUUUUUUUCUUUUCAAAUGAAUGUGACCAGUGACCACUUAUCAAUCUUUGUCAAGAGCACUAUUUGGAUUCGGAAGCUCGUUGUAAACUGAAAGUCCAUA